UUGUAAUGUUCUGUGGCAUCUUUUCAUGCAACAGUCACGGAGCGUUAAGUCACUAUAUACUAAUAUUGCCAACCUUAACGUACAAUAACGAACAAAAUUCUUAUAGGAAUAAUAGAGAUCUUUAACUUUUAUAUUAUGUACAUUAUUUCCAGCCAAUUAGAUGGAAGGUCAAAAAAUUUCAAACUUAAAUUUGUCAACGUCUACGUUGACCAGUUACCAGGAUUUUCGGUGUUUGAAAAGUAAAUAUGCUGGAAAGAAGUUUUUUUAUAAAAUUAAUUAUUUAGAGAAUUGUGAAAGAACUACUGGAGCAGAUAAACGUUGAAUUACACGAAAUUGUGUAAAAAUUGCAGCUUAAGUGCUUGCUACAUAUUCCAAAGAUUGUGUUUGAAUAAUAUCCACCUUACGGUAGUUUGUUGUAAUACUUAUUUGAAAAUUUAAUCCAUGAAUUCAAAUUUUUUUGAUAUGAUGGACAACUGUUGUGCUCCACAGUGGGCAGAUUUUACACGUAGUCCUCAGGUUUGUUGUGAUAGUUAUUUUGAAAAAGAACACGAGGUACAUGAUCCUCAAAUACUUUUGAAAUCUUCCAUUAAUUCCACUUCAUCUUCCUCAUAUACGCAAGAAAGCAAAACUGAGCAAUCUGUCGAUGAAACAAAGUUUGAUGACAGUCUAGAACCAGAAACUUCUGCACAUUAUAGUAUAGCAUAUUUUAUACCUCAUGAAAAUAAAAUGCAUUCUGUAGAGAAAAUUAAGGAAGAUCAUCAAUUAGAUAGAGCUAUGGAAGACUUAAAGCUAGAUGAAAGGUCCAGCAAGAUUCAUCAGACAUGGAAUAUAUCAAUAACAGAUCUGGCUGCUGAAUUUAAAGUAUCAAUGGCAAAUCAUAAAAUUAAAAAGGCUGUGCCUGAGAGGAUUAAGCAGCGUAUGUUACAGGCAAAGAAUACAGUUUUUGGUAAGUCUUCAUUGAAAGAUGUUCAGGCAAAUGAUAUGGAAAAGAAAAGUGCUUUACAAACUGCAUUUGCAAAGAAUGAAGAUAAAUUAGUAACAAAAUCAAAAGUUAAUACUUCAACUUCAGCAAAAAAUAAUCUUUCAGAGAAAAGAUUAUCUUAUAAAAUUGUAUCACUUUCAAAAAGAGAAUCCAAUUUAUUUAAUAAAAAACGACACUCAUUGGGUAAAUCGCAACCAAAGGUACUUACUUGUCAAUAUCGAAUCACAAGGAUGAUAAAGAACCGAAAACGUUCAAAUCAGUUUGUAAGUUUAGCAGAGGCGAUUUCUAAGUUUCAAAAUGGAACACCCCAGAGAUUCCGUACUCUCAGUAACAAGGAUAUGAAUCCUGGUCCAUUAAUGAAAUUGAAACGAUCACCGCUGAAGCUCACUUAUCCAGUUUCUCCUGCAUUAAGAUGCAAACAGAGAACAAGAAGAGGUAAUAUCUUGAGUCAGCAAGAAAGAGAGGAGUUGGAGGUUAAAGAAAUGAAGAAGCAUCAAAUCAAAGCAAAUCCUGUACCAAUUAAUAUCUUAAAGGGUCGAUCAGUGUUGAAAAAAGUGCCUAAAAAACCAACUACAGUUACGGAAGAGUUUCAUUUGACUCAGUCUAAGAGAAUACGUCAUACAGCAGGACCAUCCCUAAAUUUGCAACAGAAUACAAAUGCCAAGGAACAGAAAAAGGUUGUUCCCAUCACUCGUUCCACCAGUAGCUCAACUGUUUCCUCUAAGAAGGAAAAUCCUUGUGUAGAAGUUGUUGCAGCUAACACAAAGGACACAAAAUUCAAUUUUAAUACCCGUAAUAAGGAAUUUCAGAUAAGAAAGGAAGAAAAAUUGAAAAAUUUACACAUUCAGGAAGUAAAUAAAGUAAAGACAGAGUUUCAUGCGAAACCUGCACCUAAAUUUUUAAAGCCAACAAAUACAGUUAAAGAGCAGAGUUCAAAGAGGAGAACAGUAGCUACAUGUCCAUUUAGUUUUGAAGAAAGAAACAAAUUCCUUGCUAAGAAGAAAGAGGAAUUUAUUAAGCAGUUGGAGGAACAGGAUAAAAAGGUUAGAGUAUUCCAUGCCAAUCCUGUUCCAAGUUUUAAACCUGUUGUGAUCCAUGGUUUAUCUAAAGAUAAUAUACGAAGCAAGGACAAGGUAUGUGGUUCUAAGGAACUUGGAACCAGACAAAUAAAAAGUUACAGUAACCAAGAAAAUAAGCAGCCUAAUAUUAUGAACAAUACAUUGACGGACAUAAGCACUAGAAAGAAGGAGACAGUAAAUAGAACCAGCACAAGCUUAAUAGAUACUAAAAAUAAAAAAUUAAACAAUGUUCAGAACAAGGUUGAUAAAGUUGAAUUAAAUACAAUGAAAAGAGUUCAAAAGAGGAACGAAUUUGAUGACAAGAUUAAGAAGAGGGAGCAGGAAUUUGGAGCAAAGAAAAUCCAGGAAGAAAAGAAUAAAUUAUUGAAAGAAAAAAUGGAAAGAGCAGAGCUGCGCAAAAUGGCAGAGGUGAAAGCUAGACCAAUGCCAGUAUAUAAACCUAUAAAUAUUGUAAAAUCAACCAAGCCUAUAACCAAUCCACAAAGCCCUGCAUUGGGAAUUAGAAACAAAGCAAAAGCCGUUUCUUAAUUUUAAUCAACAUACAAUAUACAAGUUAAUUAUGUAUUGACUAUAUAUAAACUUAUCAAGGAAGAUAUAAACCCCACCUACUACGAACAUGCACACAUUUAAGUACCGAAGGUCAAGCACACUUAUAGCAACAAUACUAUCUUAUUUUAUUUCCUGUUAAGGCAACGAAUACAGUUUAAAAAUAAUAUAACAAUUAUAAAGUUCUUAAUAUCAUCUUUUUCAUAAACUCCACUCUGUUACAUUAUUAUAAAAUAAUCAAGCCAUACCUCCUUGGCUAUCUGAUCGAGAGCCUGAUCCUCUGCUGAAUGUCGUGCGGUUGUCCGCCUACGUCCAGCUAUAGCAGACUCCAUUUCAGUACUCAAUGCUUUAAUAUAUGUAUUUUGCUUGAAUAUCAGACAGACUUUUGCUAGGCAGAUCCACGUCCUUCACCGUACAAGAAGACAAACCACCACACUAAAGGACAAAGGAACAAUAUGCUAGAGCUAGAAAUAUGUGAGCAUGAUUUAAAGCAUGAUUAAUAGAUGCAUUAUGACCAAUUGAAUAUACUGUACAGAUGGGAGAAUGAUGUUUGCAAUGCAACCAGACAUAAAUGAAGCGUUAACGUUCAAACAUUGCAAGGGUAUUCAUUCGUAAUGACAAGUCAUUCUGAUAAUGCCUUAACUGUUGCAAAGAAUAAUUUAGUGGUGUUACAGACUGCUAAUAAUUACUCAUUAUGCAACAAAAAUGCUUUAUAUGUAGACAAUAACGACGAAUAGAUAAUGGAACGGUUAUCACUCUGAAUAUUUUAAACGACUCAAAAGGAAAAAUUACUGAAUAUCGAUGUUAAAAAAUUAGAAAAUUUCGAAACUAAAGGCUGCAAAAGAAGAAACUUCGUACUUUUUCAACGAAUUAUAGGUUAACAAUACCCGGCGACAUGUGAAGGUUCAAAAUAGAAUUGUAAAAAGAAUCUAGCACAGGUAAAAACGGUCUUCCGUCGUUCUAACGUUACAACGUUUUCACGCUAAGAAUAACAUCUCCAUAGUGGGAUCUAAUAAUGUAUUUGUUCGGAUCACUUUUAUUGUGCUAUAACGCGUCAAAUGAUUCCCCCAUAAAAAAUCGCGUUCGUCGUUAAGUCAGUGACGACGACGACGACGAAGACGACAACAACGAAUGAGACACAGGAUCACGAAUCUAGAACAGAAACGAAAUAAAGAGUCUGGCAAUCGAGUUCGUACGUUCAACAAUAUAUAUUAAAUAGACUUGCACACCCACACAUAACGUCAGUCCGAAUACAUGCAAAUAAGACCUUACUGUAGUCGUCAAUCGUCUUUUUUCUCUCUCUCUCCCUCUCUCUCUCUUUCUCUCUCUCUUUUCUUUCGAUUUCUUUUUUCUCUCUGUACAAUUACGACUUCUCCUAAAUGUUAAAAAUCCUAUGGUUAAAGGGACUUACGACGCGAGAAACGCUGUCAGCCAGCGGAUAGGCGCAUCUUUUUCUCAAAGGAGCCGCAUGCAAAAAUAAACUGGAGGACACUAUAAAUACAAUCAAUGGAAAUCGGAAGAGUGAGCCACGAUGACCAUCUGCGGCCAGGGAAUUAACUCGAUGCGGUUUCCGUUCAGUUGAUUCACGGUUCCAUGGAAUUUUCCAAGUUAUCGUUGCAAAUUAAGCUCACGCGACUUCACGGUUAAACCUUCUACCUCCUAUAGGCGAAAGCUUGUAAAAACAGUGCGUGCAGUCGCACUUAAAUAUAGCGGAAGACACAUUUUUCGAUCGAAUAGCCUGGAUGGUGAUGCAUGCGAAUGCAAAAGCACACUGUGCGCCGCGCCUCGAAUCACCGAAAUUGGUGGAGUCAUCUGUAUAUUAUAGCGCUAACGUUAGUAUUCCUAUCGGCAAUACAGUCUCUUACAAAUCGUAAUCUUGCUUAUCUUAAGCAAAUUUGUUGUACAUAUUGUUCUAGGUACGCAAGAUUAAUGAAUUAUUUGGUUUAGUAUGCAGAAGAAACUUGUCUAAACUAAUCCUUUUCAUACAACCAGUUCGAUAAAUUUGACUUCAUCUCUUAUAUCAGCAUGGACAUUUCUAUAUACAUAUAUUAUAUAGGUAACUUAUAAACCGUAAUCUUGCUUAUCUUAAGCAACUUUGUUGCACAUAUUGUUCCAGGUAAUCAAGGUUAAAGGGAUUAAUACAUGGAACAAAAUUACCUAAAAUAAUACUUUUCAUACAAUCAGUUUGUUGAAUUUAAUCUUUAAUUAUUCUCUCACAUGUUAUAUAGCAUAUUUUUAGAUGAAUGAAUUUGCGUAUUAAUAGACAUUUUGAGUUGUAAAAUUUAAGAUGAUGUUUUAAAAGGUUCUAUAAUUUUGUGUCAAUGUAAAAUUUUGGAUAAAGAAUCAGAAAUGAUUUAAAAAUCUAAAGAUUUUUUAUAGGUAACCUCGGUUGAUAAAGUGGAUUGACGAUCAUAAAAUCGCGAAUUGAAAAUAACCCUUUGGUUAAGUGCAACAGAUACACUAACACAAGUUCAAAUUCUAUUUCUUUCCUAUAUAUCGUCAGUCGUCGACGCGUUUAAUACACACGGCCUACGUUUCUAUGAUCUAACCUCACUUGAAUUUGCGAUGUGGCACUUAGCAUUUUAACAUAUUUCACACUUUGGUUAGCGGAAGAUCGAUUUAAUUCGAGUGAAAUAAUGAUUAUAGCAUAGUGUUUCAGUGACUAACGCGCUAGAAUCAAAAA